AUGGAAGUAGGGGAGGAGGAGAAAGUGACUUUCCGGUGCCAGUUGCUCAAGUCGAGGGACGGCUCUUUCGCCGUGGAGAUCAAGAAGAGCGAGGAAGCGGACGAGUUGAAGACAGCGAUCGGGGAAUACCUGCACGUUACGUUCCCGCUCAACAAGCUGAAGCUGUGGUUCGCCACGACGACCAACAGCGCAGGGAAGACCGUUUGGCUACCUCAUGACGAUGAGGCCGCUGAUCAAUUGGAUGACGGGGUGAUCCACCCAUAUAUCCAGACCUUGAUCAGCAAGAGGCCCUUGAAGCCGUCCCUAACGAUAGCAGAGUUGAUGGAGAAAGACAACCUGGAAGACCCGCUUCGAAAGCAGAUACACGUGCUCGUAGAGGCUCCUUCGGACACCUCUCUCCCAGCCACCGCAACACCAAGCAAAGUCGUCUGGACUGGACCCGAAGCGCGCCCUCAGCUGGUUGUUGACAGAGAUGAUAAACUGGUUCGUUUGCCGUGGUCCUGUCUCCGUGGAACAGGAAUCGGCCGUGGUAAUGAAACCGAGAUUGUUCUGUAUCGGCGAGCUCCGUUGAGGAAGCAGUGGCUUGAAAUCUACAGAUGCGCCAUCCUAACGUACGCGCGUCUCUGGGUGGUGGGCCCUCCGGGUACGGGCAAGUCAUGCGCAGCCCUCGCGUUUGCUUGCGUGCUCAAUCCAGCCGAGUGGAACGUGGUUUGGCUUCACUACCGGCGAUAA